GAACCUUGUACAGAUGAAGGCGCGUGUGGCGGUGUUGGGCGGCUGCCUCCUGGCGCUGAUGGCAGCCGCGGCGGGCAGCGACGACCGCCUCACCAACCACGAAGACACGCCGGAGAGACUGGAGGCUGACAGGAGGCAGGAGAGACUGCUCUUCGCCUACUCCACCACCACCUCCGUCAAGCGCCUCGCCACCGUCACCCUCACCGCCCUCUCCACCUGCCUCUCCACCUUCUCCACCGCCGCGGGAUCCAAAAUUCCGAUUUGUAGCGGCAGAAAGAGGCGGACGAUCUUCAGUAAAAUUGAACUUAACGAUAUGUUAGUCGACAACCUCUCUGGGACCUUAGCGGACGAAGAUUCCUACAACGCAAAAGGACGAGCUAUGGAGCCGGCUGUUGGGCGGGAGGUCCUGGACCGGAAGGGCCGGAAAUUCACCAUCUGGUCGACCUACGUCAGUACCUUGACCCUGACCUCCACCUCCUACCUCACCGGCACCACCGUCACCAUCACCGCCAUGUGUGUCGCCGCCGGCGUCACCCAGGGAUGCUUCGGCAAGUAGGCACCAGGUCCUAUGGGAAUUAGGGAGCUUCAGGGAGGUCCAGGGGUGUCCAUGAGAUAAGGUGCUUGCCAAUUUUCUGAGAAUUCCUUGGAAAUUCAUGAAAGCCCUUGGGUUAUCUACCUGACCCGUGGAAAUCUUCGGAAUUCAUUGGAAAUCUUCGGAAUUCAUUGGAAAUCUUCGGAAUUCAUUGGAAAUCUGUUCAGGUUUCUGAAAAUUCAUUGAGAUCCCUAGGAAUUCCUUGGAGGACCCAGAAAUCCCAUGGAAAUCCGAAGAGAUUCGAGUAAUUCUUGAGGUUUGGGGGAUCUCUAGCAAUCCAUGUAAGCCCACGGAAGUUCUUUUAAUGUUCAUGGAUAUCCCUGGAAGCCCGUGGGUAUUCUUGGAGGUCUCUGGAAGCCCAUAGAUACCCGUGGAGCUCCCUGGAAUCCCAUGGAUAUAAUUGAAGAUCCAUGGAAGCCCUUCGAUAUCCUUAGGGGUUCCUGAAAGCUCAUGGAUGUCCGUGGUAGUCCGUGGAAGCCCGUGGAUGUCUGUGAAAAUCCGUGGAAGCCUGUGGGUGUCCCUGGAAGCCCCUGGCAGUGGCCGAAUUUCGAAGAUACAAGAUAUUUCAAGUUUAGCUUUGGCUGACACCAUUUUUUAUAAUUGUAUAUAUAAUUUGCUUGGACUU